AUGGAUGACGUUGAAUACGGCAGCCGCGUUUUAUACAUCGUUGUACUAUCCAGAAAUCUUGCAAUCUCGAAGUUGAACGGGGACGAGUUCCUGAGCGCAUGUGUUAGUUGGUCAGACCGCCGCAUGCGCAUAGCCGUUACUCCAGCAUGGUGGCAAAUCGUCGCCAUUAUCCUCUGGAAAAACGGUGUUUAUCACUGCGACGUCAACCCCAGCAAUCUCAUGGCAUACCGGACUCCAGACGGUCGACUGGUUGGCGUCUAUCAUCACCUCGAGAUAGUACCUGAGGCCAUCAUGAGUCAUGAGCCUGCAGGGGCACCACCUUUCAUGGCGCUCGACCUUCUCACACAGGACGUCAUUGAAGGCCAGAUCAAGCUCCUGUACCAGCAUGCCACUGAAUCAUUCGUAUGGGCCCUGAUCUGGGUCUGUACUUGUUAUGAAGGCGGCAUGUUGAAUUCAUCAGCAAGGCCACACCGCUCAAUACCUGGUUGA